CAACUCCCUCCCACGUCCAGCCAAAGUCCAGCUGACUCAACUCCCACUCACAACUACUGAACCAUAAACACCACAACACACCACACAGAACCAUAACCAGAUCUUACAGAAAAGAUGCAGGGUUCAUCAGCGUCAUCACUUUCAGCCCAACAAUUAUUCCUUCUUUCAAUCAUUCUCAGUUUUCUGAAAUUUGGAGUUACUCAAGAUGGAUUCUGUUCUGCACCGACGUCAAUCAUCAAACCCGAAUCCAACUCACAACCUCUCUACUGGAAAGUCACGAACCCCACUCUUUCUCCUUCUCAUUUACAAGAUUUGCCUGGGUUUACUCGCAGUGUUUAUAAAAGAGAUCAUGCUUUAAUUACACCUGAAAGUCAUGUGUUCAGCCCUUUACCUGAUUGGACGAAUACAUUGGGAGCAUAUCUUAUCUCACCUGCGGCGGGGGCACAUUUUGUUAUGUACCUGGCAAAGAUGCAAGAAAAUUCAAGAUCAGGGCUGCCUCCACGCGAUGUAGAGAGGUUCGUAUUUGUGGUUCAGGGUACUGUGACACUCACCAAUGUGUCAGGAGUUAGCCACAAACUGAUAGUGGAUUCAUAUGCCUAUCUACCUUCAAAUUUAGAACAUUCUGUCAAGUGUGAUGCAUCUGCUACUCUUGUUGUAUUUGAAAGAAGGCAUGCUUACCUGGAAAAUUAUAUCCCUGACCAGAUUGUUAGUUCGACAGACAAGCAACCGGUUCUUGAAACUCCUGGUGAGGUUUUCGAACUCAGGAAGCUUCUUCCUGCUUCUAUGCCUUUCGACUUCAACAUCCAUAUCAUGGAUUUUCAACCUGGAGAAUUUCUUAACGUGAAGGAGGUACAUUAUAAUCAGCAUGGUUUGUUGCUUUUAGAGGGCCAGGGCAUUUAUCGCUUAGGUGAUAGCUGGUACCCAGUUCAAGCUGGUGAUGCUAUUUGGAUGGCCCCAUUUGUGCCGCAGUGGUAUGGUGCACUUGGUAAAACCAGGACACGUUAUCUGCUGUACAAAGAUGUAAAUAGGAACCCAUUGUAAUCACAUCUGCUAGUUACCAUCUCAAUGGAUUUCAAUGUCAGAUCCCGACAGGAAGAGAAUUAUGAUGAAACAGAAGCUUCUAGCAUCUGUGUUCUGUAGACAGUACACUAAAGAAUCAUCCAAAUGAAUUUAUUUUGCUGAAGUAGCUCUGUUGUUUCAUUUGCUAAAAUUAUAAUUAUGCACAUACAAAUUAGCUGAAAGGUAGACAUGGCUGACAUGUUCAAUAGAUAACUAAUGUUUCAUGAUGCUACAGGGCAACUUAUUGCAAGUCUAUUGUUCUCGUGUUUUUUAACUGAA